GAAGGAGCUUCCAGAAGAAGCCAGACACACCUACUCCAUUUUAUAUAUUAGCCUCGGUGAUGUUCAGAAAUUAAUAUUGAAAAGUUUGAAGCGAGUGUCGGAGAUGGAGAGGAUGAGUGAAAAAUACGGGGAAGGAGGAGAAGGGUGGACAACGCCGAGGCACAGCGGGUGUCGGAUUCCGGCGGAGGGGGUGUGUCCGCCGCCGCCGCCGAGGAAGAAGCCGCUUUACUACGGGAAGCAGGGGCGGCGGGAUCCGCCGAAGAAUGGGUAUUUCCAGCCGCCUGAUCUCGAGGUUCUUUUUGCGGUGGUAACCUCCAGGAGAGAAGCCUGUGCAACUAACUAAUUAGGAGUUAAGACUAAUUAUGCUGUUAAUGUUUCCCACACUGCGUAUUUUUAAUUAUCGGUUUAGAAUUGUAAGUUAAUAUUAAAAGUUUUGUGGCGAUUAGGAAUAUGUAUGUAUUUUGUUUCUAAUUAAUUUUUAGCAGCAGCUAAGUAUAUAUAUCUCACAUGAUUCCCUCUC